UCAGCGAGGAGUGCGACGCGGGGCUUGAAAACCGUACCUACCUUCGUAAAUAUAUAAAGGAUGUAUAAAGGAAUCGUACUGUACUGUAGUCAUGCCCUGUCUGUGAUUCUCCCGUCUCUUCCCUGCUGCAGGAUAAUGUCUGAGGGCGGCAGUCGGGGCGACGUGGCAAUGAGGGCGGACGCGAACGUCCACAGGCCGGGGGUCACGCCGGAGGAGAUGGCGGCCGGCUACGACGAGUGGUCCGAGAACUACGAGGAGAUGAUGAUCUGGAAAGGCGGGUACCGUGGCCCCGCCAUCACGCUGGAGGAGGCGCUGCGUUGGGUACCCCCGGAGCGGCGAGCCAAGGCCAGGGUGCUGGACGUGGCCGCCGGGACGGGCUGUGUGGGUCGCGAACUCCACCGGGAAGGCUUCAGGUGGGUGCCGCAGGGCCGCAGACAGGGGGAUGUCCGGUCACCAUACUUAAAUAUCCUCCAGUCCACUGCCUCCUGCCUGCCAGUGCCUCAGCCUCAACACGAGUCCAACGCCAAGAGAUGAAGAUGAUGUGUUGGAAAUUACAGCAGCUUGUGUAGAGGCAGGGCCGCUGGGUGGGAACUGGGAGCGGGCAGGAGCGGCAUUACUAUAGUCCAUCGACUCUAACUUAAAAUUGAGCCCUGUGACUUGGCCCGGGGAAACCCCCAUUGUUUACAGAUCUAGCGAUGACCUGCGCAUGGCAUUCUGUCUCACUGUUAGUCUGUACGUUAUAUAUUUAUGGAAUAUAUAUACAUUCAUAAUACGACUGCGUGGUGUUAUGAAUGGCUUGGGAUUAGAGGGAAAGACAACGACUCAGUAAACCUUCCAUAUCACUUGGCAACGUGGCUCAUGCAACGUUGCCGCCUGACGGACCUUGGCAACAGGCGCCAGGCCGCACCAUUCAGCGUUACGCCACAAUGGACAAAUCAAGUAGAUCUCACUCUCGC